AUGUUUGCCUCUGGAUUUCCCCCCUCCUCAAACACAAACUGCUUUGUCUCCACAGGUCUAUCUUUAUACUUUGAAGAUAGCCACGACGACUUGGAUGAUUUUGGAUUUGAUGACUAUGGUUCAGAGUGCGACGGCAUCCGCAUCACAGCCUUCCUGGAUGCAGGGCAGGACAACCUCACUCCUCUCGGGAGGCUCGAGAAGUAUGCCUUCAGCGAGAACGUCUUCAACAGGCAGAUCGUGGCCCGCGGUUUGCUCGACGUGCUCCGAGAGUUCAGCGACAAUGAAAAUGACUUCAUCAGCGUCAUGGAGACAGUCGCCAGGAUGUCAGAAGAUGGAGAGCCCACGGUGCGAGCUGAACUGAUGGAACAGGUUCCCAACAUUGCCAUGUUUUUGCACGAGAGUCGGCCCAACUUCCCAGCAGCGUUCUCAAGAUACCUGGUGCCGAUCGUUGUCCGAUAUCUGACUGAUCCAAAUAACCAGGUGAGGAAGACGAGUCAGGCGGCACUACUGGUCCUGCUGGAGCAGGGCCUCAUCUCUAAAGAUGACAUGGAGACCAAAGUUUGUCCAGUUCUGCUCGACCUCACAGAGCCCAACAGUGACGAUGACUACAAAAUUGAAGCUGUCGCUAUCAUGUGUAAAGUAGUCACCAUGUUGAGCAAAGACACGGUGGAAUAUUUACUGCUGGGACGUUUCUGCAACCUGUGCAGUGAUGCCAGACUCUUCCAAGUGCGCAAGGUGUGUGCUGCCAAUUUUGGAGAGUUUUGUUCAAUUGUUGGUCAGGAAGCCACAGAAAAACUGCUGAUGCCCAAGUUCUUCGAUCUGUGCUCAGACAGCCUUUGGGGCAUCAGGAAAGCCUGUGCCGAAUGCUUCAUGAUGGUCUCCAACUCCACUUCCCCUGAGGUGCGACGGGCAAAGCUGUCCCCCCUGUUCAUCAACCUCAUCAGUGACCAGUCCCGCUGGGUGCGACAAGCGGCGUUUCAGUCUCUUGGGCGUUUUAUCUCCACUUUUGCCAACCCCUCCAGCACAGGCCUUCACUUCAGAGAGGACGGAGCUCUGCUCGAGGUCCCCAGGUGUACGUCAGACAGCGACUGCUCCCUAAACUCCCUGAACUGCUCUGACAUGGGCAGCUGCCACACAGAGAGAACCAUCACACACACACCUCCGAACCAGGACGGCCGCGCCACGCCGUCGCCGGAGCACGUGUCCACAGCCGACGGCGAGGAACUGCACAGCUUUGACGACAGCCACACCUCUGCUCCCGGAGACGCGCACGACGGCUUCGCCCACGCAAACCGCCCCGCAGUGACCAUCAACACUAAGAACACGAGAGACACGGAGCAGACAGACGAGAACUUUAACUCUUUCCACUACUGGAGGUCUCCUCUGCCCGACAUCAGUGGGGAGCUGGAGAUGCUGAAUUGUCAAACGUCAGAGGGCGUGAAGAACAAGGAGGAAAAGAAGAAGGUGGACCAGGAGGAAGGGGAGGAGCGGGAGGAGAACUGCUCCGAAUCCAAGUCGACCCAUGGCAAAGCGACCAGCGACCAGAUCCAGAAGGUGCUGGACUGUUUGCAACCGCACAUCGACGAUCCCGACGUGCAGGCUCAAGUGCAGGUACUGUCGGCAGCUCUGAAGGCGGCGCAGCUCGACAGCCCCACCGACGACAGCCCCGCCGAGCCGCAGCCGGAGGAGCAGCCGGAGGACGAGGCCAGCAGCCCGUCAGUGGAGAGCAAAUCCGUGGAGGUUCAGUCGGAGAGCGAAGAGAGCGAAGAGAGCAGCACGGAUGAACAGCAGUCCAUGGAGAUGGAAACUCCCUCAGAAGCAGAGUCCUGUCCCGUCCAGGAGCAAGGAGACGAGGAGACGCAGACGGAUCCUCUGGAGGACCAGGAGGAGUCUCCUCCCAGCACGCCUCUUCUGGAGUCUGAGUUGAUUGAGAGUGUGGAGGAGGAAGGAAAAGAGGACUCUGCUCACAGUCCGUUGUCUGAGGAAAAGCCCAAGAUCCAGAACGUCAUCCCCCAGCAGCUCUUGGAUCAGUACCUGUCUAUGACGGACCCCGCCCGGGCCCAGACGGUGGACACAGAGAUCGCCAAGCACUGUGCCUUCAGCCUGCCGGGGGUGGCGCUCACGCUGGGGCGACAGAACUGGCACUGCCUCAAAGACACGUAUGAAACCCUGGCUACUGAUGUGCAGUGGAAGGUGAGACGUACGCUGGCUUUCUCCAUCCACGAGCUGGCGGUGAUCCUCGGUGACCAGCUGACGGCGGCCGACCUGGUGCCCAUCUUCAACGGCUUCCUGAAAGACCUGGACGAGGUCCGCAUCGGCGUGCUCAAGCACCUCUACGACUUCCUGAAGCUGCUUCACGCAGACAAGAGGAGAGAGUAUCUGUACCAGCUGCAGGAGUUCAUGGUGACGGACAACAGUCGCAACUGGAGAUUCAGAUAUGAGUUGGCAGAGCAGCUGAUCCUGAUCAUCGAGUUGUACAGCCAUUACGACGUCUACGACUACCUCAGACAGAUCGCGCUCACACUCUGCUCUGACAAAGUCUCCGAGGUCAGGUGGAUCUCCUAUAAGCUGGUGGUGGAGAUCCUUCAGAAGCUGUAUGCAAGUGGAGCUGAUGAGCUGGGCCUCAACUUCAUCAACGAGCUCACCGUGCGGUUCUGCCACUGUCCCAAGUGGGUGGGCAGGCAGGCCUUCGCCUUCAUCUGCCAGGCCAUCGUGGAGGAGGACUGCAUGCCCAUGGAGCAGUUCAGCCAGCAUCUGUUACCCAGCCUGCUCAGCCUCUCCUCGGACCCGGUGGCCAACGUGCGGGUUCUGGUGGCCAAGGCUCUACGGCAGAGCGUGAUGGAGAAAGCGUACUUCAAGGAGCCGGGCUGUGCCUACGCCGACGAGCUGGAGGAGACGGUGAUGACCCUGCAGUCCGACAAAGACCGAGAUGUCCGCUUCUUCGCCAGCCUGGACCCCAACAAGAACCUGAUGGACACGGCUCCUCUGAUCUAGCCUCGGCUCCCCGAUCGCCCUCCUCAAAAAAUAAACCCCCGCCUGCCUGCCUGCCUCACCCUCCUGUCUGUCUGACUGACGCACACUCAGCGCAACCUGCAACACCAGCACCCGACCGGAGCCCCGACCGACCGCCCGCCUGCCGCCCGGAUCCUCACCCACGACCGCUGGAGUCACGUGAGAUAUUUCCAUCACACCUUCGACCGGCGGCGGGAGUCGGCGUCUGGGCGGGAGGGACGUAAACGCACACUCACAAAAAAAACAAACAAAAAAAAGAAAGGCAAACUUCUCAGAAAAAAAUGAGCAGGACUCAGACGUCGGCUGUGCAGCAUCGUGGCAGCGGACGAACACGCCUGAACUCGACCUUCUUCACACUAACUGCAUCGACUCCUUCCUCAGUCACAGACUGGUAAAACCAGGACAGGCACUCUUUUUUUCUCUUUUUACUCACUUUUUCUCUCCAAAGCUGAUUCUAAGCUCAAUACAAAAUUGAAAAAAACAAAAACAAAAAAAAAAACAGUUUUCUUUCUUUCCUCUUAUUUACUUCUUUUUGUGGAUUUCCUUAACGAACAAGCGGGCGAGGCCUGCCUGACUCUGAUGUGUGCACUAACUCAGGGGGACUCAUCUGAACCUAAACAGCAUUAUUUAGCAGCAGCGGCAGCAGCAGCUCCUGGAUCCCGCAGCCUCCAGCCAUCCGAGCAACAGACCAGCCACAACCAAGUAGCUCUGCUGGUGUCUCGCGCGUCAUUCCCCCAACCCCCCCGAUGUCUCCGACAUCCUGCGCCGCUCCCCACACCUCUGGGUCAAUGUCUGUUCCCUUUUUCCUCUCCUUCCACUCUCCUCCUCUCGCCUGCUCUUCAUCGGACCACUGAAACCACUACUACUGCACAGAGGGAACAGCGGCUCUGCCACUCGGCGUGGCUCCAUUCAAGCCCAUAUCUUUGACUUUUUUGUGUGAGAUGAACUUUGACGGACCGUCGUUCGCCCGCCACCCCCCCCCUUCCCUCGCUUCGUGUCUUGUCAACCAAAAAAGAAAAAGAAAAAAAAAAAAAAUUGACACAACGCGUCUCCCACAACGGCAGGGGACGGAUGAAAUACCUCCGCUUGGACGUGAGUGGCCAGUGCGCGGCGUUGCGUGGAGGGACGUCGUCCAGACGGGCCCCGAACGUCCCCGGUCUGCUAUUUCUGUGGCGUCGGCGACAAAACACAUCAGCAACAAGGGCUCACGAUGAAACGACACAGGGUGACGCAAAACUCAGAGAGAAGAGGAAGAAAGCAAGCACACUGUUGGAUUAUGCAUGUGCCCCCCCCCCCCCCCCCCCCCCCCCCUUGUGUAUAGUCUGUUCUCGAAAGUUGACCUCCUGACAUUGAGUCGUGACCACGGUUUCUUUCAGCUGAUCUGACCAACCGGUUGUACAGUAGGAUUUAGGAAAAGGCUGAGUCAGCAGACCGAAAGACGCCUGAUCAUUUAGUUUUUUUGUUGUUUUUUUUUCCCCCUCCGUCUUGGUGGAACGAUUUUAAGUAUGAGAUUUCACAAACAUUUUCUCGCAGAUCUUUGUACAGCUUUGAACCUGUGGAGGAAACGACAAAAAAAAAAAAAAAACAGGUGCGUUAUUGGAACCAAGGCCAGUGUAGUCGGGUUUUUACCCAUCCAGGUGUGUGUAUGUGUGUGA